GCGGUAAUUAGAGUUGCAAGCAGUUGGGAACCAGCCCCUUCACUCACUUUAACCUGAAAAGCAUGUCUCACUACGAACCUCAAAAGAAUUCCUCCCGAACCCGCGUCUAUUUCACGACUCAUGCAGCACGCCGAAUGCCCAACUGAAUAACCACCCUACGGCGCAUGAAACGGUUCAUGCGCGAUUUGUCCAGCUUGUGAUCUCGUCACUGAGCCAUCUCUGAGUUCCACAGUCAGCAAAAUGGUUGGCAAGAAGAGUGGAAAGGCUCUCCUCAGGGAGGAGGGCCUGGAGAGGACGGACAACAACAUGGAGUUGACGUCCUGGCCUCAAAUCAUGGCCAUCAACCAGAAGAACUACUACACAGACUACUUGAAACGAGACGAACAGAUCUUGGCUUUUCGGUCGCAGCAGGAAGAGGCUCGGAUCAAGAUGAUCAAACAGGCAAGAGACAGGGACAGAGCAUUGGCCCAAGGGAAAGCCGUGGGUCCGGACGGCGACAUUGAAAUGGAAGAAGGCGAGGAAGGCGCCGAAGACGAAGCGUCCAGCGGCACAAAGACCAUCGUGAUUCACAUUGGAUCGCAAAAUCUCCGCGUAGGACUUGCGAGCGAUGCGCUCCCUAAAACCGUCCCUAUGGUCAUUGCCCGCCGCGCGCCCCUUUCGGAAAGCGAGGAAGGAGACGGAGAACCAGCUCCUAAACGCGCCAAGCUGGACAAUGGACUGCCACCGCCUGAACCGGAAAAACGGUUUGGCGAGGACUUUGCCAAAAAGUUCUCUGGCAUGUCGAACGAACUCAAAAUGAGGAUGAGAAUGAACAAGAGAAAGGUGUUGCCACAGUCACGGGAUAUGGUCACCAGUUACAAUCGAAGAAGCACCUACGAGACGAUUACAGAGCACAACGAUACGAUGCGGAUCGAAUGGACAGAUACAUCAGGAGGAGAAAAGGGUGCUCCUGCUUACAUCACCGGUAAAGCUGCCCUUCGCAUCCCGGACCAGUCGACGCCCAGGUACAAAUUGUACUGGCCCAUUCGCCUAGGAUGGAUCAAUGAACGCGACUACGAUUCGAAGCGACUGUUGUGGGAGGACAUACGAAUCAUUAUCGAGGAUGCCAUCAAAUCUCAACUGGAUAUCAAAAUCCGAACGCGUGCCGAUUGGAGUCAAUACAGCAGUGUCAUUGUCAUCCCGGAUUACUACGAGAGAACAUAUGUCUCAAGCCUACUAAACAUGGCUAUUACCGAGUUUGGGUUCGCAAAAGUUUGUUUUAUCCAAGAGAGCCUUGCGGCUUCAUUUGGAGCAGGAUUCACGACAUGUUGCAUUGUGGACAUUGGCGCUCAGAAAACCUCCAUAGCCUGCGUUGAGGAUGGAAUGGUCAUCGAUAACUCGCGGGUCAACCUGAAAUAUGGGGGACGUGAUAUCACCGACGCCUUUGUCAAGAUGAUCAUCUACAAUCACUUUCCUUAUUCGGAAAUCAACGUCAACCGUCGGUAUGAUUUCCAGCUUGCCGAAGAGCUCAAGCAGAAAUUCUGCACUAUGAACGAAGCCGAUAUCUCGGUCCAACUUUAUGACUUUCACCUCCGAGCUCCAGGUCAGGAUACCAGAAAAUACACGUUCAAAAUCUACGACGAGGUGAUACUGGCGCCAAUAGGAUUAUUCAAGCCAGAGAUUUUCGAUCAUAGUGGAAAAUUGGACGGUCGUCGCAAACUGGUGGACAAGUCAUACGACAUCUACGAUGGCAAGCCGAAUGACCCAAGCUCAUCCGCACAAGCAGAGAUCCUGACUAUAAUCGCACCUGAGGAGGUUUUGAGUUCCACGACCAAGUCUAACGCGAAGCCCAACGGUCUCGCUAACGGCGUGAAAGAGGAAGCUGUCAAUGGCUCCCGCCGCCCGUCUUUCAGCAAUAUCAAGGAAAUGGAUGCCACACCUCAGCCAUCGACAGCGAGCUCCCCAGCACGCAAUCUCGACGGGACGCCUCAGCCUGACGACAAUGGUGUUGUGCCUCAGAAGGACGAGAAACCAAAAGCCGAGGAGGAGCCGGAGGAAGAACCGGUGAGUAUCGAGAGACGUGAUGAUCUACUUCCAAUCUAUCCACUCCAUAAAGCCGUCCUGGCUUCCGUAACACAUGCGGCACGUGGCUCUCCGCAAAAGACCAGCGAUCUUCUAAGCGGCAUCAUGGUCAUUGGUGGCACGAGUAUCAUCCCAGGCCUGGCUCAGUAUCUUGAGGACACACUCAAAGGCGAGCAACCUGACUAUGGCAAAGACAUCCUUAUCGGACGUCCGCCUCGGGAACUUGAUCCGCAGGUUGUUGUAUGGAAAGGUGGGGCUGUGUUCGGCCGUAUGAGCCGCACCAACGACAGCUGGAUCAACGGGUUUCUGUAUGAGAGACUGGGAGACCGAGUGCUGGCUCACAAACUGAUGUGGGCUUGGUGAGCUCCACAAGGUUGAUUUGAGCAGUCGUGUUAUGACCAUGAUGUAAAAUCAAUACACUCAGUGCUAUUUUGAUGUCUGCAGAAGCACGUAGCAGGAGGUAUUUGACUUCCAUAUCCAGCCCACA